CUUGAACGCACCCCUGUAUCACCUCCAGCCAGCAGGAGUUGUUCGUCUGUGCAAAUGGGCGGUGUUUUACACUGGACAAGGAAGACCUAGCGCUGCUACAACUCAAGCCAUAUUAUUCUCAGCCCUGCGAGAGCACCAUGGCUUUCUUUCCAUCUGCCGGUACAUUAAAUCGGUGGUGGUGUGUGUCUGUGGAGUAGCAGGGCUCGCUGUGAUCCUGGUGGAGACCCGGCCUGCCGUCCUGAGCGCUGUCUGUCUGCAGCGGUAGGUUUGCUUUACUAACGCCUACAGCUUCAAUACACACCAGACUGGGAGCAUCUCUACACAGGUGGUGAAGCUGACUGUGUUAAAUAAUGAACGUCGCAAGUUUCUUUUAAUGUAAAAGUACAUGUUUCUGAACAAAUAGUCACGUCUAGCCCAGCAUUAAUUAGCUUGCUGCUGUUGACAACCCUUGAGAACAGUCUUUUAAGCUAACGUGAGCUAAGCUAGCUGGCCCAGAAGCUAAUUAGUCAAUUGAAAUAAAAACGGCCACCACUUCUUCAUAUACUCAAUUUUAGUAACUUAAUCUCAAGAUAUUACACCUUCAGUCUGUGUUGAGCAUUAACAUUUGCUAUCAUCUCUAACCAGUGUUAUUUUUACAGGCAGGCUAACGCUAACGUCAGGUGUUAGCUGUUACCACAUAGGACAGAGUAAGUUCGCUCAUGUUUCCCAAGAUGUUAAAAUUUAGCCUUAACAGACAAACAUGAUAUCUAACUAGGGGAGAAGGGCAGUCUGGUUUCUUAAUAGUACACAGAAGAUUAGUCAAGGGUGAAGUUAUAGGUACAUUUAGCGUUUAUUGCGAAGGAAAGACAUCAAGCAAGUGGUGGUUUGACUGUAACCACCUGCAAGUGAAACCAAGUGAUCUCAACCAUCAGCACAGUUCUCAUCCAUAUGUGUUAUACCCAUAAUGUUAAGCCUUUACAACAUACACUGUAGUGGCAAGCCUGAACAAAACCAUCAAGCCAAAAAAAUAUGUUCUUAAAAUGUAAGGCAUAUAUUUUUAACCCGACCUAAUUUUUCCUUAUGUAUAAGUUUAUGUGUCCUACUGGCACUAAAUCAUACAUCUACAGUAUAAUCACACUGUGUAGUUUUCUCUCACAUAUGGCACAAGGCUCAUUUCAUGGGUUUUAACUGUGUGAGUACCAGGAACAAUACACAUUGUAUAUACAAGAUAAUGCAGCACUGGUAAGUCAUGUCAUCAUUGCCUAUUUUUGGAAGUCUAUUUGAACGAUUGAAAGAGUUGUUUGGAAAAUAUUUAAAGGGAUAUUCCGGUGUAAAAUUAAUUUUGUGUUAAACACACCCCCUCAAGAGAUGAAUGUUGCAGACGGCUUGCUUUUCUAGUUAUACCAACUUUAGUAACGACCACAGGAUAGCAAUACACAGCGGUCUGAAGAGCCAUAAACAAACCUCGACCAAAAGCCACUUUAUAGCCACAAAUAAUGCUCAGAACAGCACCUAACUUCAUCAACAGGACAUAUAGGGUCCCAGCCACAGUACUAGCCACCGAACAUCUUUUUAGCUUUGCCUAAUUUCUUUAUCAAAGAGACUAAACACAACUUACCCGCUCUCCUCCAGCAGCUGCUUGUGUGUAGUGAGACCUCAGGCCAGUCCAUUACAGACUGCAGCGGGGGGACGCAGCUCAAGGAAGAACAUUUAUGAUCAUUACUUUAUCAUUUUGCACUGCAGACGCGGUAGUCCUUCUGCCUUAGCGUCUCGGUCUGAUUGCAUUUUCCAUGAAGAAAUGAUCAUAAAUGUUCUUCUUUGAGCUGCGCCACCCCACAACAGUCCGUAAUGGACUGGCCUGAGGUCUCGCUAAAAAAGAAGCGGCUGCUGGAAGAGAGUAGGUUAGUUGUAUUUAGUCUCUUUGCUAAAGAAAUUAGGCGAAGUUAAAAAGAUGUUUGGUGGUUAGUGCUGUGGCUGGGACCCUAUAUGUCCUGUUGAUGAAGUUAGGUGCUGUUCUGAGCAUUAUUUGUGGCUAUAGAGUGGUGUUUUGGUUGAGGUUUGUUUGUGGCUCCUUAGACUGCUGUGUAUUGCUAUCAUGCGGUCGUUACUACAGUUGGUAUAACUAGAGACGCAAACGGUCGGCAACAUUGAUCUCUCGAGGGGGUGUGUUUGACCCUAAAUUAAUUUUACGCCGGAAUAUCCCUUUAAGCUCAAGGCUAUCAUUUACCUCCAACUGUUAGAUAUUGAAAAUGAACACUUUUUAAGGGGCUGUGUAUUCUUACCUUAGGCUGAUCAGUCAAAAAUAUCUGAAACAAACAUGUAUCCCACAUGCCUAAAAGCAGAUAAGAUCCAGAGUUUGUUGUGAAUGAGGGACACAGCCUUGCCUCAGCUGAUUCUAUCUGUUAGUGAUGUACAAAAAGAUAAUGUUGACAGAAACAAUGUUUGUUUUAAAUUGUCUGCAGUUUUGAUGAUGCCUGUUUUUGUUCUGUAUCAUCUAGUGUAGAUGCCUUGGCUGAGAUGAGUGUGAAGGCUUUUGAGCUUGUCCCCGCUGUGGAGAGAGAUCUCCUCAUGGGCGACAAAGCUCGCAUCAAUAUCGAGUGCAUCGAGUGCUGUGGGAAGCACCUUUACCUGGGUACCAAUGACUGCUUUAUACAUCACUUCCUGCUGGAUGAGGUCACUACUUCCAAGGGGAAACUGAGUUACUCGGCUCAGAAGCUGCUGCACAAAUAUCUGGGCCUUAAGAAACCUGUUGCCGAGCUGCGCGCCGCCUCGGCGUUGGAGCGUCUGAUAGUGCUUUGUGAUGCUAUAGUGUUCCUUGUUGAUAUGGUGACACUGGAGACUGUGCCCUCUGCAGCAGGAGGUGGAGCCAAAAUCAGAGGUGUGACGGCAUUCUGCAUCAAUGAGAAUCCAGUUAACGGUGAUCCAUUCUGUGUGGAAAUGGGUGUGCUCUCGUCCAAACGGAGGACUGUGCAGAUUUACAUGGUAUAUGAGGACAGAGUGCAGCUAGUCAAAGAGGUGAACACUCCCGAGCAGCCUUGUGCCGUCAGCCUUGAUGGUUACUUCCUGUGCCUGGCUCUGGCUACACAGUACAUGAUUCUGAACUACAACACAGGAGCCUCCCAAGACCUUUUUCCGUAUAGCAGCGAGGAGAGGAAACCUAUAGUGAAGAGGAUCGGCAGAGAGGAGUUCCUUUUGGCAGCACCAGGUGGUCUGGGUAAGUGAGGACAUAGGCAGGUUGCCUGUGGGCAGUUGAAUGAAGUUUUCUUAAAAAUGUCUGAGAGGGUAUUUUUGCAUAUCAAAGAGGUCUCUCCUCUUUUUUUUGUAUGUGGUUAAGAACUGUCAGGAGAAAUCCUUAAAUAAGAGGAGAGGCUGGUGCAUCAGGGGGUUAUUUUUGCAAGUAUUUCAGUCUAUUCGAACAGACCUGUUAUGGAGUAUUUUUUUUUUAGACCUGUUCGUAUUUUUCUUUUUUCUAAUAAAUUUUCAAAGAUUUUUUUUUUUUACGUCUCUGGGUUUUGCUCUUGUUAAUCGUUUAAAAUGAAGGUUUUCUUAUUGGGAAUUACUCACUAAAAUGUGACACAACUGUCGCUUCAUUUGCAAACUCUGUAUUUUUCUCAUUACCCUCACUUGUUUUCUAGUUGUCUGUGGCCAUAGACUGUAUAUAGAAUGGACAGCAUCUGCCUCCUCGCUGGGUGAAGCCACUCGCAGAACAGCACCCUCUGGUGACGGGCUGCAGUAUAGGUCAUAAAUCCCGCUUGUGGGGCUGUGGACAAACUUUAGAAAUUUAUUACACAGAAUAUAAAUCACAGAAUGUAGUUAUUGUCAGACUGGUUUGUGCUCAAGUCCUCUUUUUUCUGUGAAGCUCCGUUUUUAAAAGUUAUUAGGGGGUUCAUGUUUUCUAUGAUUGACACCUGAUACAGCCUAUUGGCGUUCAGGGAUUGCGUAGCUCACACGGGGGAUACGCUGUUUGAGCCGGGCGUCAUCACGGCGACUCUCCCGACGAAUGCGCACAAUGGUACUGCGCAGCGCUGGUUUCAGGAAAUGAAGAAAAAUCGCGGAAAUACCGAGAACUUUUUGGCUUCAAAUCCAUAUACAGGCAGGAGGCGGAACCAAGUUGUCCAUAGUAUAUACAGUCUAUGUCUGUGACCCAAAAAUUUCACAAUAGUUUAAAAUUGCAACCAUUCUCAGAUUUGUCUUGAACUCUGAUUUUCCACGAUAAGCACUUCAAGUUUUACACAAAUCUUGUUGCUAACUUAGUCAGAGUUACAUUUCUAAACCUCCAUAACUUUGGAGUCUUCAGUUAAAGAAAAGUGCCCUCUUCUUGACUUUUAUCUUUUGCAUAUGCUUUCAGGGAUGUUUGCAAAUGCAGAAGGUGUGUCUCAGCGAGCUCCAGUCAACUGGUCGGAGAGUGUGAUCAGUGCUGCUGUGUGUUUCCCGUAUGUCGUGGCUUUGGAUGAGAGCUUCAUCACCAUCCACAGCAUGCUGGACCAACAGCUAAAACAGACUCUUUCGUUCAGGGAUGGACACAUUCUGCAAGACUUUGAAGGUAUUCUUCCACAUGUAUUAUCAUUUCAACUAUUUGAGCCACACAACUACAAACCACAGCGUAAUGCUCAUCUUGUGGAUGGCUUCAUGCUGUAGUUUAUUAUGAUUCACUUUUUGUUACCAUUAAUGACCAAAGUUUAUACGCUUUGGCUUUCAAGGGUAGUUAAUGUUGGCAGUGCGAGCAGAGAUUGUGUCACACUUAAGCAGCUAACAGGUGCUGAUCAUGUAAUUCAACCUAAUCUAACACAAACUUUAGUGACAUGACUCGAGGCGGUUUAACAGAUUUUACACAACAAGGCUUUUAACUUUUACAUUUGUUGUCUUUUAUUCAUUUAUUACAUUUAUCAAAUUCAGUGUCUUAAACUGUUGAGUGCCUCCACUUCACUAAAAAGUAGCCACAGGCCAUGGUUGUUCAUGAGCUCAGGACUAGACAGCAUGGAGGCUGUUGUUUGCUGGACUGAGAAAGCGAAACUUUUGGCAGGAAGCUGUGCAGCAAUGAAGACUGGCAUCCUAAUCAGUAAUGCUGACUGAGCACCAGCAACCUUUUCUUAGGAAAAAAGCAUUAGUAUGGUGAUCAGAAUAAAGAAAAUACAGGAGCUCUGACAAACAAACAAACAGCAAUGAAAGCUCUUCUUAAUGUGCACAAAUUCACAGAUGGAGACUUGCACAGAAGUAUAGCUAAGCUCACCUUUUUGCCUGCAGUUGUUAAAAUAAAGGUAUUUGCAUGAUGAUGGGCGCUUACAAAGUUUUAGGAUGGUGAGUCAGACUCGAGAGCAAAAUCAAUACUUUACCCGUUAAGACCUGAACCCUGUCUGAGACACGCCUCUGAAAUCCUGAGGGCAAUUUUGAGAAGGGCCGCCAGAUCCUGAGGUUUUCUGAAGUGUUGAGGUUUACAAAAAAACUGAUAUCUCAGCCUCUGUAGUAGAUAGAAACAAAAUUCAAAAGGUAUUUGAAAGCUUACACGUGUUGCUUUCAAGAAAACUAUCUUCUAUUUUUCCAAACCUUCAUUGAAAACUUUGAACAAACAAACUCAAAUAAAAUAAAGCGGCUGUAUAAAUAAAAGUAAAGACUCUGCACUGGAGAAUAAUAAACUAUUUGCUUUCUAUAAAACAAGUGGCAGGCAUGAUAAAGUGUCCAUUCAACAUAAAUGUAAAUAUAAACUCUGUGCAAGCGCGGCCCUGUUGUUGUUUUAUUAUUUACUCGUCAUCAUUAGCCUGAAACUAUUGAACUUUUCCUGUAACUUUGUGUAUUUAUAGCCAUUUUUUGUUUUAUUGAAGUUCUGACAUGUGGACUAUUUUGGUUAAAGGAAAGGUCAUCCUGGCGUCCACCAAGGCCGUCUAUGUUCUGGUCCCCUUGCCCUUGGAAAGACAGAUCCAGGACUUGUUAGCCAGUCACAGAGUGGAGGAGGCCCUCAUCCUCACUGAGGGAGCACAGAGAAAUAUUCCCAAAGAUAAGUUCCAGGUAACAGAGCAUUGUGUAAUUCUGCUACUUCAUAUUCUGUCGAUUUUCUUAGACCCAAGUCUUGUUAUGAAUGUAAUCGUCUAAUAUGUCAUUUUUUUGCAUCUUCAGAUUUUGCACAAAAGAAUCUUACAGCAGGCGGGUUUCAUACAGUUUGGUCAGCUUCAGUUUCUUGAAGCAAAGGAACACUUCAGGUAAGAGCCUGGGUCAGAGAUAAAGACUUUUCUUAAGCGUCUGUUUAAUUACCGUGUUUCCUCUUUGGGAUUAAAGUGUCUGUGGUGUGAAACCUGUAAAUACCAGUUAGGUUUAAAGUGAAAAAGUCUUCUCUUUUUAAGGAAUCAGUGUUGGAUCACAGAGUUAACUUUUCCGUUUCAUACCCAAACUGACAUUUAUAAGGUAUUUGAUGAAACGGAUUUAGCAUAUAACAUCUUGAACAGUAUUCACACAGUCUUUUAGGUCAUUGAGAUGAUUACUUGCCAUCUUUCUGUGUUUUCAAAUCUUGAUAAUUAAUCUUGGCUCGAGCUUCUCUUCCGACUUACAGCAGAGAAAACCAUAUUCCUCCUGAUGUUUCUGUUUUAUUCGCAGGAAGGGUCAGCUGGACGUGCGGGAGCUGAUAUCUCUGUACCCACUUCUGCUGCCGGCUUCCUCUUCAUUCACUCGCUGCCACCCUCCUCUCCAUGAGUUUGCAGACCUGAACCACCUGGCACAGGGUGACCAGGAAAAAGUGCUGCACUGCAAAAAAUUCCUCAUCAGUUACUUGGGAGAGGUGACUCUGUUUACCUUGCCACGAUUGCCAUAAGUCGUUUGUGUACUUUUUGUUCCUUUAGAUAAUAUUUGUUUUAACCCCACACAGGUACGAAGCACAGAGGUGGCUAAUGGCUGUAGAGAGGACGUGGACACCGCAUUGUUAAAACUUUAUGCCGAGCAGGAUCACGAGAGCCUUCUUGAUCUGCUCGCAUCAGACAACUCCUGUGUUCUAGCAGACAGUGUGCCAUGGCUGGAGAAAUAUCACAAGUUUGUAUAUCAUUUUCUUGAUAGUCAUUAGUUAACGAUACUUUCUCACAAGAAGAAGACUCACUACAUCUAAACAUAUGCUUGAUUGUACCAAUAAAAUGGCAUUCAGUGACUUCUAAUUGUAGAGCUUAAGUGUUGAAACAGUGAGACACUUUGCUCAUCCUUCAUCUUGUCACCCAAUCAUUUUGUUGUCGUUUCGAUCACUGCAUAAUAAUCACAACUGAUAAUAAUAACAUAAUAAUUGAUACUGUGGCUAUGCUUUCAAUCUGUUUCAUGUCAUCUGGCUUAUUUUAAAGGUCACCAGCUUGAUAAAGAGUGGUUUGUUUAAAUUAGUAGUCCCGGUUGGAUUGUGUUAUUUUAAACCGUAUAAUUGUGGGAGUUGACAGUAAAAUUAACCCUCUUGAGGACACUGGGAAUCAGAAGUUUAAAUCUUUUUAUUUCCUAUUGUAGAUUUUUUGCACUCGGGCUGCUCUAUCAUUACAAUGGUCAAGAUUCAGCAGCACUACAGGUAUGUAUACACCGGUUUUUGGUCCUCAUUUAGAAUCAACACCAACAUAAUAUGCAUGACUUAUAAGAAACUGAUCAUUUUUCUGACAGAUGUGGAUUCGAGUGGUGGAUGGGGAACUACAAGACUCCACAAGAUCGGACCUGUUUGAGUACAUCGUAGACUUUCUCUGCUCCAGCUCAAAUCUGGACCUUAUAUGGAAAUAUGCAGACUGGGCUCUGCGAAAGGAUCCCACUGUAGGUUACCAGGACCUGAAAUAGUUAUCUCUGUCAGAGAUUAUGAGCUUGUCUGUUACACUGUUGUCUAAUACCCAGAAUUCAACACGGUGGUGAGCUAUCGUGGUAACCUCACUUUCCUGGUUUCUCAUAGAAAGGUGUCCACAUCUUCACUAAGAGGCCUCAGAGCAAACACCUUUCUGAAUUGAACCCUGAUGAUGUCAUCACUCACCUGGGAAAGCACACCAUGGCACUACUUCUUUACCUGGAACACCUGGUGUUGGAGAGGAAAUCGCAGGUAUGAGAGCGAGGUUUUUCAGCGGUGCUGUUGUCUUCACUGAUGUGCCCUUUAGCAAAACUCAAGCUGUGUGCAAACACUUGCGUUGUUCUUGUUGCUAAACCAGACUUUUCUGCAGGGUAGCAAACAGUGUUAAAAGGAAUUUCCCAGCAGUAUCACUUCCCCAAAGUACAGAAAGUAAAAUUAGAGUAAAUAAGUUCUCAUGACCUUUUACACUUCACCACAUCAGAACAGAAGUAGAACAGGAAUAGUAACAGAAUCUAUCACUACCUCUUAACUUGUUCCUAUGAUCCUGGCCUCUGAGUUUUGGUUUCGGUUCAGAUCAAAGUGUUGUAUACCCUCCAUCUUGGAUCAUUCCUCCUCCUCAGGAUUAUCUUGCUCACAGUUUCACAAAUUUACCAUCACAAGCUGCCCACCCACCAUCUGAUGUGGUUUUUACAGAGAUACUCUUCAUAGAAAAGUCUUUUUUUUAAGCGUUGUUGUUCUCUGAGCUGAGACAGACAAUUUACAUCACCAAUACCAAACAUAGUUUUUCCUCUUUAAUACUAUUUUUAUUUGUAAGUUUUAAUAAUGUCUUUAAAAGGGGAUUUUAUUAACAUAGCUGCAGCAAUACCAGUGAUGUGAAUGAUUUUAUAAAACAGGUUUAGGUGAAUUUUGCUGCCUUUCUACAGGAAAGAUCAUAAACUUGAGUUGUUGUCUUCCAUAUUUUUAAAUGCAGAAAGAAAAGUUCCACACACAUCUGGCCGUGUUGUACCUGGAGAGGGUUUUGUCUUUACUGUCAGAGUCGCCAAGAGAUGAGGAGCAGAUCACCCGAGCCAGGGAGAGGCUGCAAGCACUGCUCAGGGAGUCCAAUCUGUACAGUGUACAGGUCCUUUUAGGUGAGGAACUCGUGUAAAGAUGUCACUGCACUUGCUCCUUCACCUUCUCAUUCAUUGGUGAUGAUGUUCAAUCUGGUACAAAAUUGGUUUAAGGGGUCUUUCAGUGGAUAUUGGUCCUUCAUGUGUCUUUACUCAUGUGUUUUUGCUCUGUUUAGGUAAGCUAGAGAACUGUGAACAGCUGCUGCUAGAGCGUGCAACACUACAUGGAAAACUCGAGGAGCAUGACAAAGCACUUCACAUACUGGUGCACAAGCUCAGAGACUUCCCUUCUGCAGAAGCCUUCUGUAUAUGGGCCUCUUGUUCUCGGGACUGUGCUUACAGACAGCGGCUGUUUCACCUGCUCUUAGAGGUGUAUUUAAAGGGGAACCACACAUCAGCAGGAGGUGGCGUUGGAGAUCCAGAGAUGGCUGCUGUGGACCUCCUAAAUCGGCACGGGGAGGUUUUUGAUGCAGUCCGGGUUCUGCGCAUGCUCCCUGAGGGAUGGUCUCUACAGCUGCUGCGGCCCUUUCUGGAUCGAUCCGUCAGAGCCAGUAUGCACGCGUGCCGCACGUCCCAGAUCGCCCUGGGACUGUCCCACUCUGAAAACUUACAACUACUGCAUGACAGGGUGAGAACCACACAACAUGUAUAGAUAUAUUUAUAUAAGUAACAAAAAGAAAGAAUGAACUUUUACCUUGUGCAUGUUUUUUUUUUUUGGGGGGGUGGUGGUUAUAAGAUGACAAAAAAACUAGGGGGUGAAAACAUUUUUUUAAAUGAUAAUUUUUUUAAUCAGGGAAAUUUGCUGAAGUGUACCAAUACUAAGUAUUGUUAAUAAUAAUAAUAAUAAUAGAAAUGAUAAUGUUGGUAAUAAUAGUAAUAAUAAUAAUAAUAAUAAUAAUGUUGGUAAUAAUAACAAUAAUAAUAAUAGAAAUAAUAAUAAUAAUAAUAAUAAUGUUGGUUAUUAUAAUAAUCAUAACAAUUAUCAUAUUAAUAAUAAUAAUGAAAAUAAAAAUAAUAAUUAUAGUAAUAAAAAAUGAUGUGAUGAUGAUAAUGAUGAUAAUAGUAAUGAUGAUGAAAAUAAUGAAAAUAAUAAUGAUAAUAAUAAUUAAAAUAAAAUAACAGUGAAAAUAAUAACAAUAAUAAAAUAAUCAUGAUUAUAGUAAUGAUAAUGAUGGUAAUGAUAAUAAUAAUAAAAACAAUGAUAAUAAUAAUGAUUAUAAUAACAAUGAUAAUGAUUAUAAUGAAAAUAAUACUUUAAAAAAUAUAACAAAUAAUUAUAACAAUCCCAACAAAAGGUAAAAGAAAUUUGCAAAAAAAAUAUUCUUUGCUAUAGAUAGAAAAUAAACUGUAUAGAAAUUGUUUAAAAAAUAUAUAUUUUUAUUCUGAAAUGCAAAUGAAACUAUAAUUAAUAUAUUUUUCUUAUUUCAUGUCAAAAUAUAAUUAUCAUGAGAAAAGGGAAGAGCACAUGUAAAAGUAUUAACACAAAGUCUCAUUUCUCCACAGCUUAAAGAGCGGAAGAAGCCAAUUUAUGUUUCUGAAAAGAAGGGAUGCCACUUGUGCCACAACACCUUCAGCGAGCCUGACGUGGUGUGUCUGCCGGGUGGAGUGCCCGUCCACAAGCACUGUGUUGCCCAGAGAGUAAGAGACUCCCCCACAAAAAGCCAGUUAACUAAUAGCAGUAACCAUACGUGACACUCUGCCCUUCAAACUACUGCUCGACCUGUGAUCAGAGGCACCAAACUAAAGCAGGACCUGCUGAGCGGAUGGCUGAGGACUGGGGGAGUAGCGAUAAGCACAGAACAGUUGUUGCCUCUGCAGAAUCUGCUAUGGAGCUUUGAGAAACAUGAGAAAAGCUGUGAGGUGUGUGGGGGAAGAAAAAGAUGGUUUCAUUUAUUUAUUCCUGUGCUGCAGAAAUAAAAAAAUGUUCAAACUACAAGUUUUGAAUUAAAGAUAAAAACACAACAACAGCUUAGUCACCUGGCCCUUUAAUCAGAUGACUGAGGAAAAAUCAAAGACAGGCUCUUGCGCUUUAUUUGUGGGUUCAGUGCUGCACCACUCAUCGUCUUUGCUUGAACAGUUUGAAACCUAUACACGAGAAAGUUCAAACUGCAGAUCACAAUAUUUGAACCUGUUGCAAAUAUUUCUGAAGCAUGCAUAGUAUUAUCACUCUAAUGGUUCCAGUCGCCCUCAUCUCCUCAUAUUGCUGUUGUAAUAAUAUCGUCCUAACUUGCACACUUCAGUGUAGGAUUUUAAUGUAAACUACUACCAAGACUCAUCAGAUCACUGAUGGAUAAUGAGUUUAUCUUUUUCCUCCUGUAUUCUGGUGUCACCGCUGCUUUAUUUCCUCCCUCCACCGUAACGGCACUCAGUGUUGAAUUCACAAUCUCACAGUUGUCAGUUUUUUCUGAUGUACCGGGUCAAUUUCAUCCAAGCCCAGUCAGAUCUGAAUGUCCUGUUGUUUUCGUACUGAUGAGACGGUUAUGAAACACUACAUGAAAUCUUUUAAUUUUAUUUUAUUUGUUUUCUGUUGAGUUAAACUAGGGAUUCAAACUGCAACAAGAAUGACUCAGACUGACCUUUCAAAGCAAAUUCAAUACUCACGUCGAUGAUAUACUGGUAGAGUUUCUAUAAAACAGCUAAGCAACUCUUAUGGUCUGGAUAUAAGUGGCAGAUAUAAAUGUCUACUGUCAUGAAUCAUGUGAAAUCAAGUUUAAUUUAUUUUGACUGGUUUGGGGUAACAAUAAAAUGAAACUGCAAGAAUCUUCGCUGCCACUCUGCAGUCACAACUCCAUCUUUCUGACUGUGGUGCACAGAUUGUUACAGAUAUACAAAAGUAAAGUAUCAAUCCCAAUCGAAAUGUGCUGACAAAAACAAAAAGGUUAUAUACUAUAAACAUGCAAAUAACAUGUUCAAGGAGAGAGAAAAUCGGGGUAUAAUUAACUAAAAAUUCACUUAUUUACACUAAAAUGUGGUUUUUAAUUUGGGCGUAAAAAAGUUAAGUGCCACAAGAUGGAAGCAUUGGGUAAAAAGUGAAAUAUGAACUAACAGAUGAACCGAUAAGUCAUUUCAAUUGAAAUGGAGCUGACUUAAUGACAUGUGCAACCACUUUUCUCCAGAGCAUCCUUUAUUUCCCUAAUACCAUAUUAAAAACUUACAGAAAUGUUUCAUUACCGUAGUGGUAUGACCUAAUUAAAUAGUUAGCCGAUGUAUUUAUCUGAUCAAGUUCAAUAAGAAUCAAACUUCUUCACUUUUUAAUAAUUUCCUUUUUAUUUGAUUUUUUUAAAUAAUCCUCCAGUUCCAUUUAAAUUCAGUUAUUUUCUCCCCUUAACCUUUGUUUUCUCACCACACUAAAAUCUAUUUUAACACAAUCUGGUCUGCCUUAAUCACCAGUUGGUGAAAAAAAGCUUUAUUUUAGGAAGUUUUAAUAAGUUUAGUUUCUCUGGGUGAACAAAAAAUAAGGAAAAGACUCCUCCAAUAUUGUGAGAAAUCUUGAGACAGCACGCAGUAUUGGUGUGACACUUGUAGAAAAAGCUGUUGACAUGGACAAGAAAGGAUUUUACCACAAUCACAACAAAAGAUAGACAUGAAUGAAUACCUCAUUAUUAGUGCAUACAGCUAGAGUUUAUUCUUAAAUUAGAGAAUAAGAGAAAACAAAGUCUGACCCUUAAGAGUUUAACAUUUUAAUCACAACAUCUUUUUCGAAACCUGAAAGAAAUUAAAUUCAAAUUAAACUUGAUCAUUAUGAAGCCUUAAUUUUUUAGAGGCUUGUCAUUAACGAACACUGUUUAUUUCACGAGUGUUUCCCUGUUGCAGCUGCUGUACACAGAGUACACUCUUAAAGUGAAAUCAGUGUACCUCCAUGUUGUUUCUUUUGAGAGUGCAGCUGUAAUUUAUUGAAGAUGUCCAUGCAGAUGCAGCGUUAUAAAAUGAGCUGUUAUGGGAGUUGAAACCAGUUUGUCUUGAACACGAGAAGUAAAAAGGGCAAGAAGAGGUUUUCUACCAGGUGUUUAUUUGAAACUUAUCUACAUGUCCGACUUUCCUCAGCACAUCACUGUUGUGGGGUUUUCUUACUUCUCUGAUGCCUGUGCUGUUGAUGCUUUGCCUUCCUUGAUCGAAACACAUUUCUCUGAGGAACUCUUGAGACUCUUUUUCUAACACGCAGAUCACAGUAAUAAAGAUACUGUCGGCUUGGCUCACUCUCCAUGACAGAGAUUCACAGCUUCUGCACAGCCUCUUUCUGUCUGACCUGUUCAAGUGUUGCUUGCUAAAAAGGCCUCCUAUCCAUGACUUCAUAUACUUUCAAAGAUACAGUACUGUUGUGUGGAAAAAAUACUCUUGUAUUUUAUAAAUAUAUGUAAACUGGUAUGUAUAUACUGCAUUUGUACUUGUUUGUUGCUUUCUAAAUCAAUGCAAUGUGGAUAGGGUGUACAGACUGUAAAUCCGUCCCAUUUUAAUAAACAUGAAACUGUAAACUAGUUCAUGGAGCCUCAGCUGCGUAUUUCAAACUUGGACUUUGACUUGAUUAUUGUUCGAGAGAAUAUAAUUUACUAGUUUUAUUCAUUUUACCCACCUGUGAAAAGAGGAAAACCUCUGAGGGAUUUAAAACGGAAAGGAGAAAUUAGGGCUGGGACGAUAUGCUUUUCUCCCGAUUCAAUUCUUCUACGAUUUUUUGGAUGUCGAUUCGAUUUAAAUCGUGAUUCUAGGAUAUUGUCGAUUUUUAGUCUGCAUUUUUUUGAAUGAUUAUGAUUGUCUACUGACUAUUCCAGGAACCAUAUUUCCCCCAAAAUACACAUCACAUGUUAGUCAGUUUUUAGGAUUUGUUCUUAAAUUUGGGACAAAAUAUUGUUUUUUGAACAUAAAAAUCUAAAAAUUUCAAAACAAAAAAUCACGAUACUUAUGUGAAUCGAUAUUUCCUCCCAACGCUAGGAAAAAUGUAUGUACUAGGUUAAUACUGAGAUACAAAAUCAUUCAAUACAAAGAAGCACAGAUUUGUUUCACAUUGAAAAAUAAUCCACAGACUUUAAGAAGCAGAAAUUACAUCCAAAAACCAAUUUGUUGCAUUCAGUAAGAAAGAGAAGGUGCUUCUGCGGUCAGAAAAUCGUAAAUCCUGUUUUUAUAAUUGUAGAAGUUGAUGAAAUAAUCACCUCGGCCCUCAGACCAAGGUAAGGGAUGAGGAAUGUAGAACACAGUUAGGAUUUAUUUCUUGCAAAAACGAAUCCCACAGCCUCAGUCCUUUACUUCCUACAUGUUGCCAUGAAGAUCUUCAUCUCCCCAUCUUCAAACAGCACAGAUGUCUGAAAAGCCUUUUUGAAGUUCUCAGUGAAAGUCAGAUCAGUCUCAAACCUGACCUUGUUGGCCCAGAUCAAAGUUGUCCCUGGUUUGCAGAAAUACUUCAUGGUUACCAGGAGCUCAUCCAGGUAGUCAUGGUGAUAGACAAUAUCAGCUCCCAGCACGUAGUCGUAGUGAUACACAGAUUUAGGGUAGGUACGCUCCAGGUUGUAACCCCAAGAUAGAGCCUUAACCUGGGGUGUGUGUCUGCAGCGCCCCUUGGUGUUUCUUGUCACGUUUGCCUGGAGGUUGCUCAGAAUCUCAGGUAGGUCUGUAGCUGUGGCUGAUGCUCCUGAGGAUGCAAAACAAGAUAUAUGAAACCACCACAGCUACAGCAACAGGAGGCUCGAGAGCGUAUCUAUCUUUGUGUUAUUUCUGUAUUCAUUUCUCACCCAGAAGACUGGCAACAAUAGUCACCAGUCCUGUUCCUGCUCCCAACUCCAGCACAUCCAUGUCCCGCAGGUUCACCCUCUCCCUGUUGUUUUCCAAAUAGGAGCACAGAGCCAAAGCCUGCAGGACAAACAGAUAAAGACCUGUUGCUAUGUGGACACGGUAGGUAGUCUAUAGUAGGUAAGGUAAUCUAUUCAUCCUGCUUUAUUCACCCCAUGUAAUGUUUUUAUUUUAUGUUUUCAGAGGUGCUUACUGCAGGCCACAUCACUGCUCCAAAAGAGUCAAUGGACUCAUGAAUGACGAUGUCCUGUCCAACGUAGUGGUAGAUAUCUCUAUCAAGUCUUCUGUUGAUUUUGGGGAACCAGGUUGUCGUUGGGUCAUACUUCACCACUGUUUGGUUGAUGUUCUCCUGUCCUGUAGAGAGAGCAGCGAUCCAAACCUUUACACUACAAACUGUAGGUUUAAACAUCAGUUAAAAAAGGAUUAAGAAAUCUGUUCAGCACAUGAAAUAACCAAUUUAUCCAACUCUGAUAAAACAAUAAAUCAGUCUGUGUCUUGUUUCCUUAUAUGUCCAGAUACUCUGGGGGAAGUCAAUUUGCCAUCUGGUUUAACUGAGAGCAAACUAAACUGUAUGACCUCACCACAUUUUGGCUUCAUCACUUGUGAGUCACAGUUCAAAUUUAAUUUCUUGCUGCUUGUCUCGCCAAAUGCUUUUUCGUCCAAAAGAUGCCUUCUCACUUUGCUGUAAACCACUCGAACACAAGACAGCUCCAGAAAAACAAACCUAAAUUUAUCUCUUCAUAGGGCUGGGAACAUUUGGCUUGUCUACCACAGUGGGCUUUACCUGGGGACUAUGAUCUGUUGUAGGACUUUAGUGUGGUUCUUCUGCAAGGAUUCUGGUCUAAACUUAGUUCCAGGAACAUAUUGUUUCUUCAACGUUAGUUUCUAUGGGGUGGCUUUUUCAAAACAGGUGGAAAUUUGUGGUUUGUUCUUGCAGUGCUGAAAAUCGUGGACUGGACAAGAGUUGGUGGCAUUCCCAUUUGGCUUUUAAGCAGAAAUAACAAUGCCUUUUAAAUUACAUGAUGUUGUCAACUUUACCAAAAAUGACAAAAUGAAUUGUGAAACAGGCUUCAUUUUAGCCCGCUUUGAAACUGUUAAAACACAAGGACGUCAUGUGGUGGAGGAUAAAGAGUUGUGGGUUCUUGUUGCUGGUUUGUGUGUUAUCUGUAAAAGUCCAAAGGUCUAGGUGAAUGAAUUUAGAGGUGAUUGGGGUGAUGAUAUUUUAAAAGUGACCUCUUCACAGCCAUGCUAAGAGCUCUAUGAAGUGACAUUGGACUUUCUCUUUUGAGCUACAUGCUUAUGCCAGUGUGCUAACAUUGAUCACAAACAUUCAGCUCGUAUGAUUUCAACCAUUUUAAAAUACCUAAAUCUUGGUCAAUCUUUAGUUGAGACCCUUAACAUUUAUAAAUUUAGAUUUAGCCUGGCUAUUAGCAACAAAAGAUAAGUGAUUAAUUAAAGGGAUAUUCCCUUUAAUUAAACACAACGUAAUGGACUGGCCUGAGGUCGUGCUACGAACAAGCAGCUGCUGGAAGAGAGUAGGUGAGUUGUGUUUAGUCUCUUUGAUGAAGAAAUUAGGCAAAGCUAAAAAGAUGUUUGGUGGUUAGUGCUGUGGCUGGGACCCUAUAUGUCCCGUUGAUGAAGUUAGGUGCUGUUCUGAACAUUAUUUGUGGCUAUAGAGUGGCUUUUUGGUUGAGGUUUGUGGCUCUCUGUAUUGCUAUCUUGCGGUCGUUACUGAAGUUGGUAUAACUAGAGAAGCAAGCGGUCGGCAACAUUCAUCUCUUGAGGGGGUGUCUAACUCGGUGUUAUGGUGUGUUUGACCCUAAAUUAAUUUUAUGCCGGAAUAUCCCUUUAAAUGAAGCAGUUACACUCUUCCUUUUAGAGGAAGUAUGAAAGCACUGACAUCCUUAACAACAAUGUUGGUUGAGUCAUUAAACUAAAUAACAAAUUUGAUUCUUAUAAUGUUGAUGUCAAGAUUAAACUUCAAAACUUUAAACUGAAAUAUUCGAAAAGAUCUUGAUGUAAUGAAAUUUGCACAAAGCGGUUAUUUACACUUUUUUUUUAAUUAAAAAAGAAAAGCCAGAUUACAGGUAAAUCUAACUCCUAAAUAGACAAAUUCUCUCAUAUUUUCUUUUCAAAUAUCAUAGAAAUGACUCACCUGAAAAGUCUUCAUCACUGGCUGAGCUACAGCGUGCGUCAUCAGUCUCAGUGGUAUCCUUCUCAUCCUCUUUGUACUUAUUGUCUUUGAGCAACACAGUCUCUUCCUCCUCCUCCUCCUUCUCUUCUUCUUCUUCUUCUUCUUCUUCUUCUGUAUUUACACUGAGAUGCUUCACAUCAUCCUCUUCAUCUCUACACGUUGCCAUGAAGAUCUUCAUCUCCCCAUCUUCAAACAGCACAGAUGUCUGAAAAGCCUUUUUAAAGUUCUCAGUGAAACUCAGAUCAGUCUCAAACCUGACCUUGUUGGCCCAGAUCAAAGUUGUCCCUGGUCUGCAGAAAUGCUUCAUGGUUACCAGGAGCUCGUCCAGGUAGUCAUGGUGAUAGACAACAUCCGAUGCCAGCACGUAGUCGUAACGAUACACAGAUUUAGGGUAGGUACGCUCCAGGUCGUAACCCCAGGAUAGAGUUGCGACCUGGGGUGUGUAUCUGCAUUGGCCUCUGGUGUUCCUGUUUAGGUUCACUCUCAGGUUGUUCAGGACUGCUGGCAGGUCUGUGGCUGUCACCCAAGCACCUGAGGACAGCACGAGAAACUGUCAAAGCUUUGACAUGUUUUCAGAGUGUCUUAUCUCACCCCUGUCAGGCUAUGAAAAUACUCCAGACUAAUAGCGUAUCCGAAAUUGCAUGUGAUCCCUUUAUGCGGCUACUUUCAACUUCCUGUAGCAAACAUUAAUCAGGGAAAUAUGUCGACAGCACGUACUUAGCUUGUGGUAACCUUAGGAAACCAGCAGAAGUAAUCACCUCAAAUAUCUUUUGCUUUUGGCCCUUUUAUUCUGAGCAAGAUUUCUCUACGUGUCUUGUUUUGACUUAAACUCUGGUAGUCACACAACAGAUGAGCAAAUUGAGUAAGAUUUGAAUCUCAUACCAAGGAGUGUUGCCACGAUUGAAACGAGACCGGUUCCUGCCCCGAUCUCCAGGACUGCCUUGUCCAUCAGAUCGAUCUGUUCACGGUGAGUUUCAAGGUAGUGGCAAAGAGCCAAACCCUGAGGGGUAAUCAAUAACAAACCAGAGAUACAAAGAGAUACUGGUGAGACUACAAAUUCAUCAGACUGCUGCUUUGACAGCAAAGGCAGUUCUAGUUUGGGGGUCUAGUUUAGGGGUUUUUAUGUCUCGCAGACACACAUGGUGGAAAAUGGAGAGUGGAAAAUGGAGUUAAGGGGCCCCACAAUCCAGAACUGAAAUCCACACUUCUACAUACUAUUUUAUUGUAUUAUUUUAUUUUCAGAUUCAUUUUUAUUAUUUCAUCGUUCUUGUAUUAUUCUAUUCUAUUGUAUUAUUUUAUAAUGGUAUUUUUUCUUGUGUUAUUUUAUUGCUUUUAUGUAAAGCACUUUGGGUACCAUUUGGGAUAUUGUAAAGUGCUAUAUAAAUAAAAUUUGAUUGAUUGAUUGAUUGAAGACAUUUGAUUACAUCACUUCCUGUUUGCAAAGCAAUGCACUCUGACAACUGUGGUUGCACGCAUGUAUACAUCAUCCUAUUUCAUACGAGGUUGCAAAAGUCAAUGAGGCCUGUACUCACAGCUGGCCAGAUCAUGCCUGCAUACGAGUCGAGACCCUCUUCAAUACUGAUCUCAUGGCCGACAUAAGAGUACACCUCUCUGGAUGAUGAGCAGAAGAAACACGGAGCCCAGAGCGGCUUCUUCUGUACAGGGACAGCUGGUUCAUCUGGAUGAUACAAGAGGUAGACACUCAGAUCUGUGCAGCUUUCGACACACCGUCUACUCAAUGUAAUUAUAUUUAUAUGUUAUAUCUUUGUCGGGCAUCUUACCCUUCUUCUCUUCCUCAUCGUUUUUGUCUAUCUCCUCCUCUUCGUCCUGAUUGUCCUCAAAUUCCUCUUCUCUACUCCUGUCGUUGGUUUCUUCCACAAAGGUUGCGGCCAAAGUAGCCAUGUGAAAACCUGUUUACAUUUUGAGUGUAAAAAGACAGAUAUUAUCAGCUCUACACCACACAGAAGAGUAAGAUACUAAGUUCAUAACAGAUUAAAGCUCCUGUGAGGAAUUUUUGGUUUGUAUCAAUCUUAGCGCCCCCCUGUGGAUGAAGCAGUCUUUGCUUAUUUUGUCCUUUAUAUAUUUUGUCCGAGACUGUUCAGACCCCCAUACUUU